GCCACCCUGCUCGCGUGCACGUGCAUUGGAACAAACAGAACAAACAUAUUUAUCUACAUAAUAUUUUUGAACUGGAGCAAACGUACAUGAUUUUGAGUUGAUUGUUCUUAUUCGAUAGUUAUGCCGUUUUUAAAAUUAGCUGGAAAUUUAGCAAUAGUUGCCUUCAACAAGAAUAUAUAUUUUGUGAACAAGACAACGAAUUGGUCAUAUAAGGUCGAUUUGAACGCACCGCCAGAGAAAGGUCAUCCACGGAAAUAUUUUGAUGCCGACAGUGGAAGUGAGGAAGAUGUCUGCAAACUUCAAGACCACCAAAACAAAGAAAUUAACGAGGAAAAAAUAAACAUAGUCUCUGCGGAAGUGCACGAAACAAUAUUAGCUGUUUCUACAAGCGACAAAUCAUUGUUGCUUUACGAGAGCGAGGAUUUUAGUAAAGCUGGGAGUCUUAAGUUGUUAUCCCGACGGUUUGUGGCAAGAACCACCAGUUGUAUGAAAUUUGCAGGUAGUGGCGAGUUUAUUGUCGUUUGCGAUAAAGGUGGAGAUUGCUAUGCAUAUGACUGCAAAGAUUUCACAAAACCAGGGCAAUGGUUAUUUGGCCAUAUGAGCCAAGUGCUCGACGUACUAAUAAAUCCCGAUGAAAGCCUAAUCAUUACCAGCGAGAGAGAUGAAAAAAUACGCGUGACCAGAUGUCCGGAAAGCCAUAACAUUGAAACAUUUUGUCUUGGUCAUACUGAAUUUGUUUCUCACUUGGAAUUCCUAGCCACAUCCAACUGUUCAUUAUUACUUUCCUUGUCAGGAGAUAAAACGUUACGCGUAUGGGAGUAUAAGACAGGAAAAGAACUGUUUCGAAAGGAACUAAAAUUACCGGGUACUAAACUAACGACAAAACUGCUUCAUGAUGGAAGUACACUGGCAGUCGUACUUUGCUACAAACCAAAUACAUUAGCUGUGUACAGAAUAAUUAUCAAGGAUACUUUUAGGUGUGAAUUUAUUCAGAAGUUAAAUACCGCGCCUAAUAUCGUUUUGUCGACAAUCACAUUCGACAACCAUUUUAAUUUGCUUGCACUUACUAUAGAGGAAGAUACUUCGAUAGUGGCGUUGAAAAUGUAUGACUUUGAUCAAGAAAAAAACAUUUUCAACAUAGAUUAUGUAGAUUAUCCGAGUGAGACUUUCGUUAGCUGUUUAAAAGAUGAGCGAUUGCCCUAUGUUGAUUCAGUUUCAUUCCUGUUUAAAAAAAAAUUUGAUAACAUCAAAGACUAUCACGAACGCAAACGGAAGAGAUGUGAGGAAAAUAGCAAAUAGAUUUUUUUCAAUAUUCUAUGAUUCUUUCUAUUCAUUAGUGUUAAAAACUUUUAUUGUUCAUAAUAAAUUUACACAACGCAAAACAUGUGUUGUUUAAACUGGUUUAUAAUCCAGCUUGCUUUCCAAA